AUGCAGGGUGCAUUGGGAUUGAUACUUCCACAUGGUCUAUGGAACACAUUGGCAAUAACUGUGGCAUUUGCUCUGGGGUUGGUUACUGGUCUUUGGAAAUGUUCAGAUGUACAUCAACUAUGGACUGAGAACCUUGAUGCAAUGGCAAAAGAUUUUGCACAUAAUGGAAUCCCAGAAGAUAAACUUUGA